UCCGCAGCCGAUCCCGUGGUGCAGAUUGAGGGCAACCCCCACUGCUGCUUCUUCAACUUCAGCCCCAAGAUCAUGUUCACCAAAGUGGUGAAGGCUCAGCUGUGGGUGUACCUGCGCCCGGUGCAGCACACCUCCACCGUCUACCUGCAAAUCCUCCGCCUCAAGCCGGUGACAGAGGAAGGCAGCCGUCACAUCCGCAUCCGCUCGCUCAAAAUCGACCUCAACUCCCGCAUCGGGCACUGGCAGAGCAUCGACUUCAAGCACGUGUUGCAGAACUGGUUCAAGCAACCUCAGAACAACUGGGGCAUCGAGAUCAACGCCUUCGACCCAAACGGCAACGACCUGGCGGUCACUUCGUUGGGACCCGGAGCUGAAGGGCUG